AUGGUGGAGAAAGGAAUGCAUGAAAUAUUUCCUUAUGUGUAUUUGCUUCUUACAUUGACUUUGGUUUUACCGGUUGCAACUGCUUCAGUGGAGAGGGCAUUUUCAGCCAUGAAUAUUAUUAAAAAUCCACUUCGCAACAGAAUGGGAGAUCAAUGGUUGAAUGAUAGCUUGAUUAACUUUUACACUAAGCCCCCUUGGCCACAUAAUCCUGGAUCCGCCACUGCAUUCAACAUUGAGUCAGGGAAGUUUGACGCUGGAGGAUACAAAUGGAAACUGGUGGUCUACCCAAAUGGAAACAAGAAGAAGAAUGUGGAAGACCACAUCUCUGUCUACUUAAAAAUGGCUGGAGCAAAUUCACUUGAGACUGGUUGGGAAGUGUCUGCUGAUUUUAGAGUUAUCCCUCUGAAAGCAUUUGCUGAUGCUUCCAAUGGCUAUCUCAUUGAUGACAAGUGUGUGUUUGGAGCCGAGGUCUUUGUUUGUAAAGAAAGAAGAGCAGGCAAGGCAGAGUGCCUAUCAGGGAUCAACAGUGCUUCAAUGAACAAGUAUGUUUGGAAGAUUGAGAAAUUUUCAACGUCAAAAACUGAAUGCUUGGAAUCACAACCGUUCAAUGCUGGAGGACAGACAUGGAAGAUAAAGCUCUAUCCCAAGGGAGCUGACGACGGAAAGGGUACUCAUGUUUCUAUUUACUUAAAAUUUGCUAAUCCAGAAGAGCUAUCUCCUGGCUCCCAAAUACUUACAGAGUUAACUCUGCGCAUCGUAGAUCAAUUGAAUGCCAAGCAUUUUUAUGGUAAAGGUAUUCAAUGGUCCUCAGCUUCGGGUAUUGGUUGGUCUAAUUUCAUUACAUUGGGCAAUUUCAAACAGUUAGACAAGGGUUAUUUGCUGAAGGAUACUUGCUUAAUUGAGGCGGAGGUCACUGUCCAUGGAAUUGCUAAAGCAUUAUAG